AUGUCGAACACCACCAACGUAAAACGGGCAGCUGUGGCCUCCUUAAUGGACCAGCUUCGCGCCGACGUCACAGAACAGAAGCUAACUCCCCAAGAGGAACUUGCAAUUCUUGAAAAACUAAAGGUUUACGGCCGUACCGUCACUGGUUCUGAUGCAAUCUACUCUUCCGAGGGAAUUGUAUUUCUUGCAGAAGUUGCAUUUCGUCCUAACAACCCAGACUCCUCUCGAGAGGCACUGCGAUGUCUAGCAAAUGCAUUAUACCUCGAUCGACAAAUGGUUCAAUACUUUAUCGAUGCUGGAUACGUCGAAAAGACUAGUGAAGCAUACAAAAGCGAGAAUGUCGACGACGAGUUCUUAUUAGGAAGAAUCCUAUUCUUCUCCACUACAUUUGCUAAAGACGACCACCUCAUAAACAAAUGGGCUAACGAGCACCAUCUCGUUGAAAAUAACAUUGCAGCAAUCUCUCGCCAUGCAAUUGCCUAUACAACCGCCGCAUCGACUGCCUCCUCAUUAGCAGUUCCAAUGAUGCAAACAAUGGCUCUCCAAGAUACUCUCAAACUUCUCUACACUCUUACCACGAAACUCUCAGAUGUAUCCACCAUGCUAGGCCCUACAAUUCCCCACCUCCUCACCCUUCUAUCAGCAUUACCCAUCCAAUCCCCCCCGCUCCAAGCCCCAACCCAUCACAUCCUCGAUGCCCUAAGUAAUAUCCCCCCAACAACUACAGACUCCCAAACUGCCUUCUUCCCACCUUCAAACCCCACUCUUCACGUUUCCAAAAUCCUAAAAAUUUUCGAUAAAUCUGCUGUUAUCCCAUCAUCAUCAUCAACCACUUCUCGCAGCGGCACCAGCACCAGCAACAACACAACAGCAGACGACUUCGACACGCACGCCGCAUCUCUUCUAAAACUCCUGAUAGAAAUCUAUCCUCUCUCUCCAGCUCCCGUCAAAACCCUUCUUCAUGAAACAUUACUCCCUUCAGAAAAAGAACGAAGUUCGCCUCUAGGCUCUACGAAUAGCGCUACCCUCCCAGCCCGACUACUAAGACUAGCAAGCUCGCCCACAACCACCAACACUCGGCUUAUCUUGCAAACUCUAUUAUUCGUAAUAUCAGAUGAAGAUCCAGUUAAAUUCGUGAAAAACGUAGGAUAUGGCCAUGCUUCCGGUUAUUUGAUGAUGCGUGGAAUUCCAAUUCCCUCGGAGGCACUUGAAGAAAUUGGUGCCGCGGAAUCUGGGGACGGGGGCAGUGGUAGGAAUAAGAGGAUUAACCCGAUAACAGGUCAAUACCUUGAUGAUGAACUGAGAGAUAUUGAAGCAUCGGGUCUUAAGGGAUUGGAAGACAUGACAGAUGAGGAAAAGGAACGGGAAGCGGAGAAGUUAUUUGUAUUGUUUGAGAGGUUAAAUAGAACUGGGGUUAUUAAUGUCGAGAAUCCGGUUAGGACGGCGAUGCAGGAGGGAAGGUUUGAGGAGAUUAAGAGUGAUAACGAGGAUAGUGACGACGAUGGGGACAAUGAAGCUGGCAAGGGGAAGGGGAAGGCAAAGGCUUAG